AAAAGUCAAAACAAAGGCAAUUUUUUUUAUGAAAACCAGCUAAGGUUAAUAAAUGUUUAUUUUUUAAUUAAAUAGAAGAAUAAUAGAUACCCUUGCAUCACUGUAGGUGAAAGCAAAUUAAAAAAAAAACAUGGGUCGUAAAGUUGUCGUAGCCACUUGUACUCUAAAUCAAUGGGCCUUGGAUUUUGAGGGUAAUUUAAGCAGGAUUUUACAAUCUAUUCAAGAAGCGAAAGAGUUGGGAGCUCUUUACCGCACUGGGCCUGAAUUAGAGAUAUGUGGUUAUAGCUGCGAGGAUCAUUUCCAUGAGCCCGAUACAUUUCUUCAUAGCUGGCAGGUUCUUGCUGAGUUGCUUAAGUCGUCAACAUGUGAUAAUAUACUAGUAGAUGUCGGUAUGCCCGUCCAGCAUCGUAAUGUAUCAUAUAAUUGCCGUGUAGUUUUCUUGAACAAAAAGAUAUUGUUGAUACGACCUAAGAUGACGCUGUGCGAGGAUGGUAACUACAGAGAAUCCCGGUGGUUCUCUCGAUGGACAAAGGAGAAGCAAACUGAAGAUUACUACUUGCCUAGAAUGAUCACGGCGAUAACAAACCAAACUACUGUUCCCAUUGGUGACGCUGUUAUAGCUACGAAGGAUACAUGCAUUGGCUUCGAAAUUUGUGAAGAAUUAUGGAAUCCUCGAAGUCGCCACAUAGAUCUGGGCCUCGACGGCGUGGAAAUUAUAUGCAACGGUUCAGGCAGUUACACGGAACUACGAAAAGCGUAUGUGACCGUGGACUUAGUAAAAAGUGCAACGUUCAAAAGCGGUGGGGCGUACUUGUUCAGUAAUUUACGAGGGUGUGACGGACAAAGGAUUUAUUUCAAUGGGUGCUCCUGUGUUGCUGUGAAUGGUGAUAUCGUCAGUAGGGGACUGCAAUUUUCCCUACAGGAUGUGGAGGUCGUUACUGCCACGAUCGACCUCGAGGACAUUAGGUCAUACCGUGCUAAGAAACGGUCUAGAUCUCAUCUAGCCGCGUCUAGCUCACCAUUUCCAAGGAUCACAGUGGACUUUGCUUUAUCUGAUAAUGAAGAUAUUCAUCUAAUUGCCAAUCCAGCGAUUGAAUGGCAGUAUUUGAGCCCAGAGGAAGAAAUUGCUAUGGGACCAGCAUGUUGGCUAUGGGAUUAUUUACGAAGAUCGGGCCAAGGGGGGUUCUUUUUGCCUCUAAGUGGUGGGGUGGACUCGUCGAGCACUGCUUGUAUUGUGUUCUCCAUGUGUACGCAAAUUUGUGAUGCAGUACAGAGAGGAGAUAGCCAAGUUCUGUCUGACGUUCGUAAGAUAGUGUCAGAGUCAGAUUACACCCCACUCGAUCCGAAGGAACUUUGCAAUAGAAUACUGGUCACAUGUUACAUGGCCACUGAGAAUUCCAGUGAAGAGACGAGACAGAGGGCUAAGCAAUUGUCCAUCGAAAUAGGGAGUUACCAUUUUCCCAUACUAAUCGACUCUGCAGUGAGUGCAGCUAUUGGUGUAUUUCAAACUGCUACUGGACUUGUACCGAAGUUCAAGAUCAAUGGUGGCUGCCAUCGAGAGAAUCAAACAUUGCAAAACAUUCAGGCUCGUCUCCGCAUGGUAUUCGCGUACCUAUUUGCCCAACUAAUGCUCUGGGUGCGAGGCAAGCCGGGUUGUUUGCUAGUGUUGGGUUCUGCGAACGUGGACGAGUCUCUUCGGGGCUAUCUCACUAAGUACGACUGUUCUAGUGCCGAUGUGAACCCCAUUGGUGGCAUUUCUAAGACAGACUUGAAAUCGUUUCUGCGCUUCGCUGAAAUGCGUUUUUCCCUGCCGUCUCUAUCAGGUAUAUUAGAAGCUCCGCCUACAGCAGAAUUAGAGCCUUUAGAGGAAGGAAAGAUCACGCAAACAGACGAAGAAGACAUGGGCAUGACAUACACUGAACUGUCUGAGUUCGGUAGACUGAGGAAAAUGCACUCGUGUGGACCGUUUGGAAUGUUCCAGAAAUUAGUACACACUUGGAACGAGAAGUGUACCCCACAAGAGGUGGCAGAUAAAGUGAAGCACUUUUUCCGUUGUUACGCGAUGAAUCGCCACAAAAUGACGGUUCUGACGCCAUCUUACCACGCGGAAUCCUACAACCCGGAUGACAAUCGCUUCGACCAUCGACCUUUCUUAUACCCUGUGCAGUGGAAUUGGCAGUUCAAGAAAAUUGACGAAUCGGUGGCUCUUAUGAUGCAUAGAUAGAGUUACUACUUGGCAAGAACUUGAAGCAAUAUUAAUUAAAUAUUCCUAUAGUAUCGGCAUUCUAGUAACUAGUGAAUGUUUUAGCACACCAUAGUGUAUGUUAUAUUAUAUCUAUACUAAUACUAGCGGUCCGCUCCGGUUUCGCCCGUGGUACAUUUUUACGUUUUCUCUCCAUAAGAACCAUCCUCGUACUUCAA